GUAUAGAACCACCUUAAAUAAGUACCAUAAAACGUACUCAGAUUGGACGACUAGGACAAAGUUAACGUCCAGGUAAUUCUAAUGUUUAGAUGCUAUCAUCGCUGACACAGCCAUUCCGUGCGAUCAUUGAUCAACCCUCGCAGGAAGUCUAUAAAACAACGAACAAAACUCGGCAGCGCUGUAAACAUUCUCUCCGUUUGUCUGUUUUACUGUUUUGUUCACGAUGGCUCAGUUUAACGGAAAAUGGGAGAUUGAAUGUAGUGAAAAUUUUGGCGAAUAUAUGAAAGCUAUCGGUGUAAGUGAUGAUAAACAAGUAGAAGCCGAGAAAUUCUUAGGAGAUUCCUCCAAACUAACUUACGACAUCACCAACUCCGGGAAUGACUGGGUCUUCAAAAUUACCACCCCCGGGGGAGAGAGGGUUUCCAAAUUCAGCCUGGGUUCCGAAUUCGACACCAACACCUUAGAUGGAAGGCCUGUAAAGGUACAAUGUAUAUACCCCCAGGGAAAACUGGCUUUAGAUAUAAUCGAUCAUAAAGGCUGUCUGAAAUUACAAUGGAUUGGAGACACUUUGAUUGAAAAGCAGACUGGUUCUGGUUUUGAGACGACCAACAAACGGACAGUUUCCGGAAAUACCAUAAUAAAAUUUGAAUGA